UUCGUGUCCUCCAUCGCUCCUAUCGCGAGACACCACAUCACAGAUCUCUCUCUCUCUCUCUCUCUCUCUCUCUCUCUCUCUCUCGUUCAGAAGAUGCGAGCUUUCUACAUAAUCGUCGUCUCUCUGCUUCUUUCCCCGAUUUCCAGGGGGGAAGCCAGUGGUUCUGUUUUCUUCAUCGAUGGCCAGAACAAUCAACAUCUUCGUCAACAAUCAUCCAGUGAUGUCCACGAGGCACUUGUGAUGUCCCCUGGUGAAAUUUCGGCGGCUGUGUCAGUCUUGCUUGGUUUUUCACCUGCAGCAACUUUGAAAGCCGAUGGCUCGUCCAAGUUGAACAGGAUUCUUAGACCUAAUCCAUUUGAGAGGCCUCGCACUGUUUUUAUGCUAGAAGUCAUUGGAACUGAUGAUGCGCUUGUCGAGGCGUAUUCUAGUCAAUCUUUGUUGGGCAAUGCCUUGAGGAGCAAUGUUGUUUCUGAUUCUUACAAAGCUGACAUCGAAUUCCCAGAUGAAAGAGAAGCGGCUGUGGUGUCUUUGGAUGAGCCCUCUUCUGGCAUGACUGACAAAGACAUCAGUGAUCUUGCAUCUUUGAUAGGUGGAUCAUAUUUUGCUGACAACAAGGAACCAUUGACUGGGGUGCUGAGUUUCUCGCUGAGUAAUGGUGACACUGUUCAGUUCCAUUUGGCAAAGGAAGGGGAAAGAAGAUUUGUAAUGAAUCUUUUAGUUUUAUCCCAGAAUGUUAGACAGGCAGUUAGCCUCCACGAGGAUUUGGUUGCUGGUAUUGAGAGACCUGCUGAAUUUAUGGUUGGCCGCUUAAGUGGCAUCAGCGAUUUGAGAGAGGAGUCCGGAGAAGGUAAGGCUAAACAAGGGAUGGAAGUCUUACUUGCUGCACUGUCAAAGCUAUUCAACUUGUUGCAAACAUCCCAUCAAGGCCAAAUAGUUGGAUUGAUCGUGUUUGAUGAGAGAGCAAAUCAAGAAUCAGAGAAGAUGCUAAACGUUGUGUAUAGUUCUCGUCCAUCCCCACGGUGGUUGGCUGAGGAAGGAGGAGCUUUGAAUUCAACACUUGUUGCCAAAGUUCUUCUCGUUAGACUUACACUUGCUUGGCUAACGGGAAUUAUCCUUCUCAUCGCCACUCUCAUCGGGAUCUAUUUCAUGGUGAACAUGCCUCUGACAAGAGACACUCUUCUGUAUUCCAACGUAAAACUCGAAUAGAAAAAAGAACUGCAGCUUCACGAAGAUCAAAUCCUCGAUGAAUCUCGAUUUCUUUUACCUCGGGGGCGAGUUUUCUCGUGCAGUACACAGUCUUGUUUAUGGUACUGUUCUUACAUUUCGUGUAAGGCUUGUUUCUGAGGUCGUGUCCGCUGGAUAGAAACCAGUCUCAUUUGGGUGUUUUUAUUUGGAGAAGGGUAAGUUUUGGUGGCCUGAACCGUGAAUGUGGUGACCUCUUUAUAUGUGUUGUUUUUUUAUAUACAACUCUGCUUCCUGAGUAAUAAAAGAACAACCUUGGAUGUCUUUUUUUGGGUGCA